AUGUUUAAUAUGUAGAUAUAAUCGACUAUUACUAGAACUCCCAAAAUCAAACAUAUUACAGAGUUAGGAAGUUAAUUAACAAUUAACAUAAUAUUGCUUGUAUAUUAUGUAUCUCUUGAUGAAUCUCAUAACCCAAACAGCACCAACUAUAAGUAUCUCUAAAUUGCUGGCAAUCUCUUUCAGAUGAUUGGACAUCUACUUAUAAUUUCCUCACUUUUCAAAUACCUUCCUUGUGUUAUUUUAGGAAUUGUAGCAAUUGUGAAUUUUGGAGUGCUUUCAUUGUUAGUAGGUUUGGGCUUGGUGGCAGGAUAUUAUGAUUUGUAGAAUGAAUAUUUUAAAUGCGCAAUUUGUUGCUGGUUUAUUUAAUUAGCAAUCAGUAUUUUAGGAAUGCUAGUACUUUUAAAAAUCUGUCAGGAGAAUUCGAAAAAAGAAGAUGUCAAAAUGAAGUCACAUCAUGAUUUUGAUGUAAAUGAUGACUCUAAAUCUUAAAUUCAUAUAUGA